CAGGAAUUAAUCACAGCAGCUGAGUCUGAGCCAUCGCUCCGUUUCCUUCCCCUCAAAGCGCCACCAUUCAGAACUGCAGCGGCCCGCAGUGCACGCUAGCCGGGCGCUGGAUCUGACCGAGAGGAUACCGGAGCGGCGGCGCUCUCCCUCUAUCCCUCUAUCGCCCGCCCCGAGUCUUGCCCGUCCCGUUUCGUCAUGAACCAAGCACUGAGUCACAGAUGGAACAAACAAUGAGGGAGUCCCGUCUCUAGCAUCGGAUCCACCCCGGGAGGAGGAGGAGGAGAAGGAAGGAAGGAAACGACCCUGCUCCCACCGUUCUUCACUUCAGCUUUUCACUGGUGACAAAAAUAAGGGGGAGAAAAGUCGAGGGUGUUGCCAUGGCCGGAGUUCUGUGCAAAACUUUGUACGCGUUUUCCGGAGACCAACACCAGCACGGGCUGAAGUUCGAGGCUGGGGAGAUUAUCAAGGUGUUACAGGUGCUGAACGGCGGAUGGUGGGAAGGUGAGAAGGACGGUGUCAGGGGAUGGUUCCCUGCUAGUUACGUGGAGAUUCUAGAGAAACCUGGACCAGUAAGCUCUCAGAAAAUUGAGGAAAUGGCUCACACUCCAUUGCCGCAUGGUUGGCAGUGUUACAUGUCACCGCAGGGCCGGAGGUACUAUGUCAAUACCUACACAAGUGAAACAACCUGGGAAAGGCCAACCAGUACUCCAGGGACUCCAAAGAGUCCGAUAUCACAGAUGAAUUCCAUGCUUACAGUGAAUGGCUUUCACUCCUCGGGGAGUCUGUCACACCACUUGGAGCCUUCGCACGUGUCAUUGAGGAAGACCAAUAGCGAUCCACAGAGUCCGGGAUUGGGGUCUCCAGCGCGAAGACAGAGCAAGGAUAGCCUCAUGACGAUAAAUUGCGUUACGUUUCCCCAUCCUGACGUGAUGUCUGAGCAGCAGCUGCUCAAACCAGCUGAUUGGAGCUACUGCGACUACUUCUGGACUGACAGAAAGGACUCACAAAGCAACAGCACAAUUGCUGGAUUUGACAUUAUCCUGGUGAAACAGCUUAAAGGCAAACAAAUGCAGAAAGAAAUGGCAGAGUUUAUACGGGAAAGGAUUAAAAUUGAAGAGGAUUACGCCAAAAAUCUAGCUAAGCUGUCCCAGAGUCCACUGGCAAGCAUGGAUGAAGGCACCUUGGGAGAGGCGUGGACACAAGUGAAGAAAAGUUUGGCAGAUGAGGCCGAGGUCCAUCUGAAGUUUUCAUCAAAGCUGCAGAGUGAGGUGGAGAAACCACUGCUGUCAUUCCGAGAAAACUUCAAGAAGGACAUGAAGAAGUUUGACCACCACAUAUCUGACCUCCGCAAGCAACUGAGCGCUCGCUAUGCCACAGUGGAGAAGGCUCGAAAAGCGUUGGCAGAGAGGCAGAAGGAUCUAGAAUUUAAAACUCAACAGAUGGAGAAUAAAGCUAAUUACAAAACAGAGGAAGACAUCAAGAAAGCGAGGCGGAAAUCGACACAAGCAGGUGAUGAACUAAUGCGCUGUGUUGACCUCUACAACCAAACCCAAUCAAAAUGGUUCGAAGAAAUGGUCACGACAACUCUGGAUCUUGAGAGGUUGGAGGUUGAAAGGAUUGAAAUGAUUCGGCAGCACCUCUGUCAGUACACACAGCUUCGUCAUGAGACAGACAUGUUCAACCAAAGUACUAUCGAACCAGUGGAUCAGCUGCUCCAGAAGGUUGACCCUGCCAAGGACAGAGAACUCUGGGUGAAAGAGCACAAGACAGGCCACAUCCGGCCUGUGGACAUGGAGUUAUAGAGUGCGCUCUUUGCGGGAAUGGCUCCCCUUUCCCACCGGGAUUAACUGAGCAGUUAGCUGCUACUGGUCUUCAGGUGGAUGGAUUGUGUCAAGGAUUCAAAGUGCAAUGAAAGGCACAGUGCAAGCUCAUAACAGAGUGCCUUUUGUGUAUAUGAAACAAAAAAAGUUUAAAUAUUUAGCCAUCUAUGUCAAGCGGUUUGUUUUUUGUGCUAGUAUGAGUUUUCCUGCAAAUCAAACUGCCUAUUCACCAGCAAUGGUGGAAAAGCUUCCUCUUGCAUGCUAAGCAUGUAUAUAAAAGAAGUGCUUCAGCUGUCAUGAAUUCUGUGUCUCGCCCGGCCACAACCCUCCUUACAUUCCAGAAAACAGGGCAGAGUGCUUGUCCUGAGAUUGUGAUGGGCACUUUCACAUGAAAACAGGUUCUGACUUUUGACUUUUUGUUUCCUGGCUGGCAUUCCUAGCCAUGAGCUGGGCAAAUAAUACUCCUCACAGCUGGACAUAUCACAGAUCCAAUUCACUUGAGUCAAAGGGUAAAUAUAGGAGCUCUGGUCAGGCUUUUAAUGUCCAAGUGUGUUCAGUGUAUUCUGAUAAUGAUCAGUUAAUGAUUUGCUUUGCGAGUUAUAAUUUGAAUGUGUUUGGAAUUUCAGUUUUAGAUUGUUAGGAUGUUGCUGAGCUUCAACUUAAUUUGUGAAAGAAUCAUUAACGAGUUAAACAUGUUUCCAUCAAAUUAGCCAAGUUAUGGAACAGGAGUUCAUUCAGCAUGUUCUAAAUUAACCUCUGUGGAUAGCUAAUCUUUUUCUGCCGAGGUUUGUUAAUAAUGUGAUUUGUGUUUAAUACUUGUAUAAUUGGAUCGCUUCCUCCACAAGUGUGCUCCUCUUUACAUCUCUUCUCCAUCUUUGACCAUUCGUCUGCUAAGUACAGCCUGUACUUGAUGGCACCUUACAGCUACCUCUGAGGUACUUGGGACUACUAUUUUUUUCCUCUAUUCAUUCCAUCCCUUACAUUUCCGGUCUUCCUCCAGGUUUGCUUGCUUGAUGUAAAUACAUCUUUGUAAUUGAGUCUUUGUGCACUAAGUAUUACUGUUUUGAAGCAUAUUCUAUUUGCUUUUUUUUGUCAACCAAAUGGUCUCCUGCCUAAAUAAGCCUGUAAAGCAUUUCCUUUCCUUCUGGAAUCCUUCAUUUCUUGGAGAUCAUGAGCAAGGAAUUACAAAUGUGUCUGGUUCCACUUGACGUUACUGAAGAUGCAAAAUGGCUGUUCCUGUUCUAAAGUCUCUCUAAAGUGCAGGCAUCAAUGUAACAAUUAAUGGAUUGAUUCAGAAUUACAUUAAACUCUUCAAAUGGUCUACAAAUGAUUCUAUCCAUGAACCAACAAUUAACUUGAGCAUAAAUGGCAUGUUCUCCAUUAACUACUCAAAGUUGUCUUGAGAGCGUUUUUCCACCAGCAUUGAGCUUGCUUGAUCCUUUUUGCUAGGACUAACAUUCUAUUGACCAUGGAAUUACGAAGGUGAAGAACCAAACUCCAAAUUCUCUAUCAUCGUGUUCCAUUAAACGAGACUUCCAAAACACAAUCAGUUCCACAGCAUCCAAAAAUGGCAAUGUUAAUUCAGAGCACCAUCAAUGCAGCCACCACCAUCAGUUAAGAUUACAGUGAAAAUGUGCUGAAUGCAGGAAUAAUAUGUUCAGUUUGAUAUUUAUCUACAGUUGUCCAAAUCCAAACAAAUGAUAUUGGGAAUGCUAUCAAUUAAGAUUGUUUUAGGCUGCUUCCCUGACACCAAGUAACGUGGCAGGAUAUGGGCGCUAAAUAGAAAGGUGCAAUAUGGAGAAAACCUAUAGUGAUUGUGUGUUAACCCCAUCACUUGAUCUCACUUUAAGAAGCAAACUAUUUCAAUGUUCCUUUGGCAUUGAUGAUUAACCAACAAUAUGUGGAGUUUGCUCAGGCUUAUGAAGGACAAAGAAGCAAAUUUCCUUUUGGGAAAAGCUGCUCGUGCUGUUUAUGACCUUGCUGAUCCUUCCAUGUGAUAGAAACAUUCCAAAUGACCUCAGCAGAUACAGAUCCAAUCCUGUGCAUCUUAACAUGGCAUUGCAGGAUCAAGCUCACUUGGUGCUAUUCUCUGCUUGUUUAUAUAUUAUAACAACAUUUGAUGAUAGUAUCACUAAAUAUUACCAGGGAACAUUUUAUCAGUGUACGACUAACAGGUCCACAACUUUUUAAAGCACAAAUGCUUUUUGUAUAUCUUACAUUCAGUUGGGUUUCAUAAACCAAUAACCUUGUUACAAUAAUGCAGUUUCUCUGUAAUAUUCUGAAUUUCUAUACACUGUCGUUUUCUACAAAACAGCAUGUCGUCCGACCAAAUUGCCGUUACUUAAGAUGUUUUCAUGUGAAAGUUCCCUCAUAUGAAUUUAAACUGUAUUUGCAACAACAUAAUGUUUCUUAUUUACCACUUUGUGCUUUGAAUAUUGUGCAAGUUGUGAUAAAUGUCCUCUAGUUGAAUUGAUGUUAUUAAAACAUUCACACUCUCAAUGAAAAGGAAGUUGCUUUUAAAGGCUGUAGCUGCUAAAAUCAGAAUGUUUUCUGUACAAUAAAAGAUAUUAAGUGAAAUGGUGAUGCAGAAGU